AUGUCAUCCAAGAUUCCUUCUACCAUCACCUUCAAGAGGCCAGGAACUGCGCCUCCCCUUUUCCUGGCGGGCUCCUUUUCUGACCCAGAAUGGGAGCCGAAGGAGAUGGAAUACAAGACGGAGGACGAUGGAGAACAUACGUUCCAAUCCGAGGUCAUGAUAACACCCGGCGAGGACUACCAAUUCAAGCUCCGAAUGGGCGAGGGUAGCUGGUGGAUUUUAGCUGAGAACUAUCCCAUCGCGACGGACGACUCGGGUAACCAGAACAAUGUUCUAAAUGUCCCGAAGCCUGUGUCUGAUGAACAGGCCGUCCCUAACGGUAUAAACGACCUAUUGACUAACGGCAGAGCGGAUGAUCCACCACCGCCAAACCCCAAAACUCGGGUCUAUAUCCCCGAACCUGAAACUAACAGCAAGGAUGUGGCCGACGAGUUGAAGACACCUCUCUUUGCCCAUGAGUGUUUGGGCGCUUAUGAUUUUGAAGAUGAAGAAUCUGAAGAGGAGGCGUGCCCAGGCGUUCCCCCAAAGUCAGACGUCAAUCUGAAAUCAGACGACCACAGCCCGGUCAAUGUUGAUCUCAACGACCCUACCAUCGAGAAGUUUCCCUCCGAUCGCACAUCUAUUCUAGAUGCGUUGCGGACGAUCCAAACUCACCUAGACGAGGACAAACCUCAUCUCGACGACACUCAAUCCUCGCCUCGAGCUGUCUCCUCUAAUCGACCUAACAUUGACACCGUGGACGAGAUGAGCCUCUCUCCUAAUAGCACGAGGACUCGAGAACACCGAUUGUCCCAUAGCAGCUUCGGGAGAAGUCGAUCAGUAGUGUCCCUCGGUUCCAUUGCAGAAGAACCCAAACCCGAUGCCAUCGACCUACGGGGCCCACCAGUCAUCUCGUUGCCAAACCCGAACACCGCUUCAGUUCUUGAAGAACCACGAUCUCCUCCGAGCGAAGAGGAUGAAGCCGUCGCGAUGAAGUCCUCAGAAGAAAUCCCGAAAGACAAUGUUAGUAAGAUGCCACCUUCUCAGGAUACAAGCCAGGAGUCUGUUCCCGACAAAGAGCGCAUGGAACUAGCCGCCACUUCAAAUGUUGUGCCCGUUCAAGUCGCAGAUGCGAACUCGCUACUCACAGGCGACCAAACAAAUUCUCGUUUAGUGCCACUUGGCGAAGAAUCCGGGGACAACAUAGUCUCUAGCCGUGUUGACACUAGUUCCGCAAACUCGAUAUGUUCGCUCUGCCUUUCAACGGGUCGACCCAUCGCGGCAGUGCGCGCCCCAUUGCAGUCAUGCAUCGCCCAGCGCUUCGUUUCGAACCACAUGAAGCCUCGCCCCUCCCGCAUGGUUCUCUCUGACCGAGUCGACCGACCCCCACCGUCUCGCGAUGACCGACGAAAGCGCCAGAACUUCGCCCCCGGUCCCUUUGGUGGCAUGAACAGGAAAGUGGCUAAUGCCGACCCGGACCGACGAGGAGGGCGGAAUCGUGCCCUGACGUCCAAGGACUCGAGAGGGAAGGGAAGGGACACCAAGCGAGGGGAGGACAAGGACGACCGAAAGGCGCUUAAGAUGCAGCGCGCCUUGACGACUAUUUCAUAUGGGAGGAGGACAUCGGUUAAAGAACGCAUGGCAGAGUACGAUGCCUUUGAGAACUUCGACCUUCUUCCGUCCCUCCAGGUCGCCCUCACCGACGAGCUCUUCAAGGGCAUGGUCGACAUCAAGCCAACCCCCGUACAACGGCUGGCAAUCCCAGCGCUGCUGGGCCAGACCUCGGUAGUGGGCAGCAAGACUCUCUCUAAGGAGACGCAAUCUUUCCUGAUUGCGGCCGAGACGGGCUCUGGAAAGACCCUUGCCUACUUGCUGCCAGCGAUCGAUGCCUUGAAGAUCGCCGAAGCUGAAGACCCGGAGAUAAAGUCCUACAAGGAGCGCUGGAUCAUUGAAAAGGAGCGACAGGAGGCAGGAAAUGCAAAGGGCAAGCCGUUUGACGAGCCGCACCCUACCAUGGCUCGCCCCAAGGUUAUUGUGCUUGUCCCUACGGCCGAACUCGCCCAUCAGGUUGUCAAGGUUUCCAAAUCCAUCUCCCAUGUGGCCAAGUUCAAGACGGAGAUGUUGGCGUCCGACCUGAAGCCUCAGCAGAUCCAGCGCAACCUGUACGGGCCCAGAGGUGUGGAUGUGAUCGUCUCUACCCCUCACCUUCUCGCAUCCAUCGCCGACUCGGAUCCAAACAUUCUUUCCCGCGUCACUCACCUGAUUGUGGAUGAGGCCGACUCGCUGUUUGACCGAAGCUUCGCUCCAGUGACCACUAGCAUCAUUGAGCGGGCGGCGCCCUCUAUGAAGCAAUUUAUUUGCUGCUCGGCUACCAUCCCUAGAAAGCUCAACAACUACCUGGCUACCAACCACCCGAAGAUGAUUCGAAUCACGACGCCUAACCUCCACGCCAUCCCUCGUCGUGUUCAACUGGGUGUCAUUGAUGCCUCCAAAGAUCCUUACCGCAACAACAAGGACCUGGCAUGCGCUGACGCCAUCUACGGCAUCGGCCGCGAGGCGUCUAAGCACGAAGGCACGGUGAAGGACGAACUCGAUGUUCGCCGCAUCAUGGUCUUUGUGAAUGAGCGUGAGAAGACGGAAGAGUUAGCCGCAUACCUCCAGUCCAAGGGCAUCAAUGCCGAUGCUCUGCACCGAGACACCCCCGAGAAGCGUCAUGGCGAGAUUCUCGAUACUUUCACAUCGGCCGAGCCACUCAGAAUUCCCAUGCCUCAGACGGCCUCUCGUCACCGAUCGUUGCCCAAUGUGAGGGUCCUUGUCGUGACAGAUCUGGCAUCCAGAGGCAUUGACACACUGGCUGUUCGUCAUGUCAUCCUGUAUGAUGUGCCUCACACAACGAUUGACUUCAUUCACCGUCUUGGCCGUGCUGGACGAAUGGGACGUCGUGGCCGUGGUAUCGUACUUGUUGGCAAUGACGACAGAAAGGACGUUGUGGCGGAGACGACCAAGCCGACGGCACGACCGCCCACCCCCGAAGUCGAAGCCAGCGAUAAUGAUGCCCCGGGGCCGGCUCAGUCUCCAGAGCGAGGCCGAAGAAGGACGACGCGCUCCAUGGGAUCCCGCGCCAGUGCCGCCGACGAACAGGCAAUUCGGACAGCGAUCCAGCGUCGCGAUGCGGCCCUCGACAGGCUAGCCAACGAGGACCUCACCACCAGCGGUAAUACCCUCGAUGAUGCCGAGUCGGGCAGUUCCGUUGAGAUUGGACGCCGCGUCAUGGCGACGCCUGCUCAGAGACGGGACACCACGGGCCUGGAUCUGGCUGACGACGAUGUGUUCGGGGAUCUCGACGACAGUUUCGAGGACGGAGAUGUCCCAAGGGGCGUGCAAUCAACCGACACAUCAUCCCUGAACCUGAGCAAUUUCAAAGGGCGACGACGCCAGUCCAGCAUAAUUGGCCGAAACGAUCCUCCAAUCAGACCUAGCAGCCGUGGUGGCAACACUCCAAGUAUCAGCUCGACUCUGCACUUCGGUACCUUCAGGCGACGCGCAAGAGAACCCAGCAUUCUGGGCACUGGACGAAAACCGCGACCCGACGAGACUAUCACGGGGCAGGAGGACAAUUCUGAGAGCGAGGAGGACUUUCUCCCCGAGGCGGAGUCAACGCCCUUGAACAACCGACGCCGGACUCAGCCUGCACCCGAUGUGGAGGAUGAACGCGACGAGUCACCAGAAGCUGGCGACAAGCCCGGAUCCAGGAAGCGAAAGAGUGAAGAUGCGCUACUGAGCAGUGAGAGGCCAGAGAAGAUGUCUCGUGUUGAGCUGGAUGAGCCUGAAGACAAUGAGGCGGAUGAAGACGCCGCCAACGACAGUGAUUCGUCUUCGCUGUCGUCUAUCUCGUCCCCGCUUGGGCCUUCCCCUAUCCUACCGGACAGACCUGUCACUCCUGUCAACGAGGAUGAAAUUCUUGCACCACCUGCCAGCAGCGAUUCAGAAGGUGGAGCUGAUAUCUGGCCCGAUAUCCACACCUUGGCGAAGCGACGAAGACGCCCUUCUGUUACUACUCCAAUUCGAGCUGAUAAUAUGUCGGACAUGUCUUCGCCACCCUCUCUAACACACUCACCCAAUUUUAAUGAGUCCAAAGCCCCUAAGACGAGAGGGCGUGCUGCAGCGAGGCGCCAGCCUUCUCCCGAGGUCACUACUGCUGAUCUCACAAGCAUGCUCCCAAAGCGUCGGUACAGGAAGGCACGAGACGACCCGUUUGGCCUGGAAAGUGAUGGAGAGCAUGACACCUCGGAAAUGCCACAAGAUGAGGACGAGUUGUCGUAUGUUCAGAGUAGAGCCGCACGAAGGAGACAAGGUAGCCGACCACCAAGCCGUGCAACAUCAGCCAGGCCACGUUCACGAGGCGGUCGUACGGCACACUCAGCUCUGAAACCAAGACAGACACCUGCGUCUACCAGACCUUCCGCACGAAAUACCCGGACAUAUGCCCCUCGAUCUUCCGAUAAGGAGAAUGAGGGCGAAGAUGAUGAUGAAGGCGAACAGAGCCGCUUCGAACCACUCCCGGAUGACACAUUCGAUACCGGAGACAACCAGAGCGGUGAUACCCCAUCAGCAGAUGAGCUGAGGCAGGCCGCAAAGAAGUUCGUCGAGGUGGACAAGUGGGAACUAGAGUAUGAGGAGGUCACACAAAGCUCGUCACCGCAGGGGGCGCGAUGA